AUGGGUGUGACUUCUCAGGACUUCCACUGCAUUGCUGUGGGUGAUAUCCUCGAAGCUCACCCCAUUGGCUGCAAGGAUUUGGUCACCCAUUUUGAUGCCAUGUUGUUCUGCAAGUCCACCUGGGUCCAACCUGAGGAGCGGAUGCCAGGGAUCUUGCCCACACGUCUGAGCACCAUCCUGAGCCUGUUGUUGCCCGUCAGGACCUUCACAGCGCUGCUCAUGGUGAUGCUCUCCAGACUGACGCCAUUCACUUCCACCAGCUUGUCGCCCACCGUCAGCCCGGCCUGCGCUGCAGACACACGCGGAACUCAGCAAAGAUAG